GUCGCUCCGAUCAACAUCGAGACGCCGUCGUUUUGUUCGGGGGGUGUGGGCAUUGUUGAAGGGAAGCUUUCAUUUAUUUUUUACUUUUCGUAUCUCUCACGUUUGUUACUUUCCUUCCGUUGCAAAUUUUGGUAGAAUAGAACUUAAUUUCAUCGUUUUUAUUUUAAAAUCUUUUGUUGGUUUUACUUUUUUUCGUAUAAAAAAGCGUUUGAUGUGUUGCAAUUUCAUUCAACAUCAUCGAAAGCAACGAUUUGUGGCUCUUUGCAAUUUGGCUUAUUGUUUGAACUAAAUUUGAAGAGAGGUCUCAGUAAUGGCUAAGGAGUCUUCCAAUGGAGAUGCUUAUACUUCUACAAAACCCCCACCUCCCCCUUCUCCUCUGAGAAGUGCAAAAUUUUUUCAGUCCAAUAUGAGAAUUUUGGUUACUGGAGGUGCUGGAUUUAUCGGCUCCCAUCUAGUUGACAAAUUGAUGGAGAACGAAAAGAAUGAGGUUAUCGUUGCGGAUAACUAUUUCACCGGCUCGAAGGAGAACCUUAGAAAAUGGAUUGGUCAUCCUAGAUUUGAGCUCAGACGUCAUGACGUGACCGAGACUUUGCUGGUUGAGGUGGAUCAGAUAUACCAUCUGGCAUGUCCUGCCUCGCCGAUAUUCUACAAAUAUAAUCCCGUUAAGACAAUAAAGACAAAUGUGAUUGGAACAUUAAAUAUGUUGGGACUUGCCAAGAGAGUUGGAGCAAGGAUUUUGCUAACGUCAACCUCGGAGGUAUAUGGUGAUCCUCUUAUUCAUCCCCAGAAUGAGAGCUAUUGGGGAAAUGUCAACCCAAUCGGUGUAAGAAGUUGCUACGAUGAAGGAAAGCGGGUGGCUGAAACUUUAAUGUUCGACUACCAUAGGCAGCACGGGAUCGAGAUAAGGAUCGCUAGAAUUUUCAACACCUAUGGACCGAGAAUGAAUAUUGACGAUGGACGUGUCGUUAGCAAUUUCAUAGCCCAGGCAAUCCGCGGCGAGCCAUUGACUGUUCAGUCGCCUGGAACACAAACACGGAGUUUCUGUUACGUUUCCGAUAUGGUUGAUGGACUUAUCCGACUUAUGGAAGGAGAGAACACUGGGCCGAUCAACAUCGGGAAUCCAGGUGAAUUCACCAUGCUCGAACUCGCCGAAACCGUCAAGGAGCUUAUCAAUCCCAAUGUUGAGAUUAUCAUGGUCGAUAACACCCCAGACGAUCCACGACAGAGGAAGCCAGACAUUACGAAAGCAAAGGAGCUUCUCCAAUGGGAGCCGAAGAUCAAGCUGAGAGAUGGACUGCCGAUGAUGGAGGAUGAUUUCCGGGCAAGACUUCAAGUGCCAAGAAAGGAGUAAAUAAAAUUUUCCCGCGAAACAAACAGAAUUCUUUUUCUUUGCCUUUUGCAUAAAUAUCUUUGCAGCUGCUGCCUGGUGUGUUGGAUGAUCAACAUGGUUGAGAGCUGAGUGAAGAUGCUUUGACAGAGAUGAUGAGGAGUUUUUGGUCUUUAACUAGGUUAAUAAAAUGCUUAUUUUUAUCAAUUUUACUUUAUGAAGUUAAUUCUUCAAGAGGGAAAAGAACAAUAUUUUCCAUUAUGGAUUGAGGACAAUUCUUGAUGAAGUAUAGAAAAAAUAAAAAUGAGGGUGUUUAUUUUUUGUGGA